UUGUUGACGUUGACCAAUGGUCGAGGCACUCUGGACCCACUAUACUCAAUACACAAUUGGUGGGGCAAGCCGCUCGUCUAGAUCGAGGUCUGAAAAUUCCAUGUCCAAUUGAUACUGUACGGCCAAUAAAAUUCAUGCAUCGACAUCUCAUCUCAAGAGGCCAACUAGUCGCUUAACGGUCGAGGUUGGGUGAUUGAUUCAUCAAGAAUUCGAAAUGACUGCGAACGGGCCUGCCGAGGCGGCGGCUGUUUCAGCUACUGCCUCUGGGUCUGAUGGAGCUGUCAAGCGGCUAAGCGACAGCGAUGGAUUAAGUGGCCGACCCAUCGAUACGGUCGAUGGCCCAGCAUUGAAAAGACUCAAGACAGAACAUACAGAUGAAGACAGCAUUCAACCGCCGUCGACAGAUAGAAGAAAGGGAACCGCGCCUGUCAAGGCGGAGUAUCUCAUCCCUACCUCCGACUUGAACGCUCAGGUCCAGGUAGACGACGAUGCAGCCGAAGCCUCUUCGCAUAGAGAUGACCCCGCCAAUGGCAACCCAGAUGCACGGGGAGACCGCAAGGGCAAAGACAAGAAGGGGAAAGGUCGUGCCAAACAGAACGGCCAGAACAAGGAGCGGACGUACGGCCACUUCUCGGAUGAAAUCAAAAUCUGCAACAGCAUCAACUUCUCCAACGAGUUCUCGCCGCGCGAGUGCAAGUUUGCGGGGCGGUGCAACAUGUGCCACGAUCUACGCAAGUACUUGAGCGAAGGCCGACGGGGCGACGUUGAGAGCUUUGGUGGUAAAUGCCCCGUCUUCGAGAAACAUGGCCGGUGUCCAGCUGGAUGGAGAUGUCGUUUUAUCAAAAGUCAUUCCAAAGAGCUUGAGAGAGAGGAUGGCCGCAAAGAGAUGGUUCUCGAAGGGGCUGCCGAUGACGACGAUCAGAGACCUGGGGUCGUCAAUGUCGCAACCAACGAUCAGAAGUGGACUUUGGCCAAAAAGAAGGCUAAGCUUGAGAAAUCGGAUGAGUACAUCAAGUGGCUCAAUGCCGAUAUGGACCUCACCCGAGAGUUCUACAACCGCAAGAAAGCAUCCGGCAACGACAACCCGUCCGAAGCUGAACAGACUGCUCGAGAGGAAAUGCGAGCUCAAUUCGUCGACCCGCCAUUCAAGGCGUCAGAGAAGAGACGACUCUACUUUGGCAGGGAGACUCCGGUAUUGGCACCGCUUACAACACAGGGUAAUAUGCCUUUCCGCAGACUGUGUGUAGAACUUGGUGCCCAGGUCACUUACUCCGAGAUGGCAAUGAGCAUGCCUCUUAUACAGGGCCAAAAGGGGGAAUGGGCAUUGAUGAAGGCUCACGAAACGGAGAUAAGUCCUCCUCGGUUCACCCCUUCGUCAACUUCCAUUGUUAAAGACUACGACAACUCUAGAGAUCUCAAGUACGGUGCGCAAAUAUCUGGCAAUCUGCCGUGGGUGGUUAUCAAGGCGACUGAGGCUCUAACACAAUAUCUUCCCCACCUCCGCGUUGUCGAUCUCAACUGUGGCUGUCCCAUCGAUAUGGUUUUCAAGGAAGGUUCUGGCUCCGCGCUGCUCGAUACGCCGCCGAAGCUGGAGAGGAUGAUUAGAGGAAUGAAUGCCGUCUCUGGCGAGGUACCCAUCACCGCAAAGCUGCGGACUGGCGUCAAAGAUGGACGACCGAAUGCAACCAAGCUUAUCGAGAGGCUAGCUUUCGGCAGUGAUGACCAACGAGACAGACUCGGAGCCGCUGGUUGUGCUGCGGUCACUCUCCACGGACGAAGCCGACAACAACGAUACACAAAGAGUGCAAAUUGGUCAUACAUCGCAGAAUGUGCAGCAUUGAUCAAGACGUACAACGAGCAGAAGAGCGAGCUAGCGGACACAAUACGAGAACCGGACGCCAACACACAGGCCAACAAUAACGAUGGCAAGAUGUACUUCGUUGGCAACGGUGACUGCUACUCCCAUGUCGAAUACUUCGACCACAUCGACAAUGCCAAAGUCGACAGCGUUAUGAUUGCCAGGGGUGCGAUGAUUAAGCCAUGGAUCUUUGAAGAGAUUGAGAAGGGACAAUACUUAGAUAAGUCAGCCACCGAGCGACUUGGUUAUAUCGAGAAGUUUGUUCGUUUCGGUCUGGAGAACUGGGGCUCAGACGAGCUGGGCAUUGGCUUCACUCGACGAUUCCUGCUUGAGUGGCUGAGCUUUACUUGCCGAUACGUUCCGGUCGGCCUUCUAGAGUACCUCCCGCCGAAUUUGAACGACCGCCCGCCCGCCUACAGAGGGCGCAACGAGCUUGAAACUCUUCUUGCCAGCAGCAAUUACAAGGACUGGAUCAAGAUCAGUGAGAUGUUCCUUGGACCUGCUCAUCCGGGCUUCAAGUUCCAGCCAAAGCACAAGUCUAAUAGCCAUGAUAUGGAGGCAGAAGGAUAGAAAAGCAGGAUUUGACAGUACUGCAAUACCGAAGAUCGACGUUAUGCAGGCUAGCUACUUAACUAGCUACCUACGGAGCUACCCAACGUCCGCUGUGAGACUAUAGAUAGAUAGACAUCACAGCUUGUAGCGCGUUCUUAAGCCAUCAAAUGAAAACACGAAUCACUGCAAACAUGGUACUGAACUUGGCUUGACAACCCGUAAAAAGUCUUCACAGCUACGGUGUCGCAGGUACUUGAUUUGGCCAU